AUGUCAAAGAUCCAUGUGAGGAUACAGAUUGCAGAUUUGGUGCUCAAUGCAAACCGUCUUUAGAUGGUGUGACUUCAGAAUGUGUUUGUCCCGAAAAGUGCCCCAUGUAUGGAAACACUCGGAGUUCAAGACCUGUGUGUGGAACAGAUGGCAAGGACUAUCCAAAUCUGUGUGAACUGAAAAAAACAUCAUGCAGAGAAAUGCGACCACUGGAAGUCAGGUUCACAGGACGCUGUGAUCCUUGCAAAGGAGUCGAAUGUCCAAACUCUCAAGUCUGUCAACUGGAUGAAAAUCGAAAUGCCCUCUGUCGAUGCAACGGCGAAUGCUCUGAAGAUCUGAGACCUGUAUGCGGAUCAGAUGGAAAGACGUAUACUAACGAAUGUACACUGCGAGUAGAAGCUUGCAAAUCUCGAAAAAAUAUUCGAGUUGUGUAUGCUGGAGAAUGCAGUACAGCAUACAGGUUAUUAUUUCUUUCAUCUAAUAUUCCAGGUAAAAAUCCGUGCGAGAAUUUAAUGUGCGGUCCUUUCCAAGAGUGCGAUAUCAACAAGUAUGGUAUUGCAAGCUGUCAGUGUCCACCGAGCUGUGAAUCCAUAAUGAAACCUGUAUGUGGCUCGGACGGUCAGACGUACAGCAAUGACUGUGAACUGCAACGCAAUGCUUGCAUUCAAAUGAAGCAUGUCUCGGUUGUUCAUAUUGGAGAAUGUGAUUAUACAGGGCCUUGCAGUAAUUAUAUAUGUUCAUUUGGAGCAAUAUGCAUGCUGAAUAAUGAUAUACCAGGAUGCGUAUGCCCUAGCUGCACAGAAGAGUUCGAUCCAGUAUGUGGAACGGAUGGAAUGUCAUAUACGAACGAAUGCAAGAUGAAACGAGAAAGUUGUGAACAAAGGAAAGAAAUAAGCAUAGCUUAUACUGGGCUUUGUAAUGUAUGCAGUCACACGCAAUGCGAAUACUACGCAGAAUGCGAGCUGGACAGCAACACUGGCCGUGCCUCUUGUGUCUGCCCGCAAAAAUGUGUGAAGGUGGAAGCUAAGGUUUGUGGAAAUGAUGGAGUAACGUAUCAAAAUGAGUGUGAAUUACGAGUAUCGGCAUGCAAUAAGAAACAGUACAUUAUAGUCGCAUCCAAAGGACCCUGUGAUCAGUGCCUCAACGUGCACUGUAAAUACGGAGCUCGGUGUGAAGAUGGACGUUGUGUGUGCCCCACUGAUUGUCCUGAGAUUUAUGAGCCCGUGUGUAGCAGCGAUGGUGCAACUUAUGCAAACGACUGCGAGAUGAGGAGGGCGGCUUGUAUGCAAACGCAAGAACUUAGAGUUCUUUUCUAUCGCGAAUGUGAAGAUAAUGGAGGAUCCGGUGCAGGUGUAAAAUCCCUAGAAUCUGGUUCCGGAAGUUUCCCUUGCGAAGAGGAACCUUGUCGUUUUGGGGGCAUUUGUGACUAUGAUUCCGAAGGCAUGCGUCAAUGCGUUUGCCCGUUCGAAUGCCCCGCUAUCCGUGAGCCCGUCUGCGGUUCGGACGGACAGUUUUACGACAGUGACUGCAAAAUGAAAGAGCAGGCUUGUAAAACACAGAAAAAAAUUACUAUUGUGCCAAAAAACAGAUGCCAAAGAUUUUCAUCUAUGGCAGAUAGCAUCGAAGGAACAGCAAAGCGAAGCAGGAAAAUGGCACAUCAUAUGGGCCAGGGAGAGGACAGACCGAAGCCCGUCCUACACCCCCGAACGCCAGCAGCAGAAGAGGAAAAAAACCGGUCCAACAACUGCCACCAAAGGCUUGGACGAUACGAUGACAAUUCUUGA